AUGACGAUGAGUCAAGUGUCCGUCAUGAAACUAUACAAUACUGUGGUAGACGAUGUUAUUGCCGGAGUUCGAGAUUGCUUUUUAGAUGAUGGUGUAGACGAACAAGUAUUACAAGAGCUCAAGCAGUUAUGGAAAACGAAGCUUUCUGCAAGUGGGGCUAUGGAUCCACCUCAACCUGACACUACGAUCGGACACCCACCGCCUCCUGUUCUCCAAAACUUUCAAAAAGCAAAUGGAAAUAAUGCUAUUCCUAAAAGAACUGAUACACACAUGGCUCAACAAAGUUCAAGCCAACAGAAUACUGGUGUGGACCAUGGUGUUCCUGCCUCAAAUAUUCCAGGUGCACAUCCACAUCACGUUUUAGACCCUAAUAAUAAAGUGCCAGUGCAAUUAACAUUACCAGCUCAGCCUGGUGUACCAGGUUCACAGCCACGGUCAUUUACGAUUCAGAUACCAGCAUCAGCACUAAAUGGUAACAAACUGCACCAGGUCUUGACUGGACCCAUCAUCAAUGCGACAAUAAGCUUGCCGCAACCACUUGCUGCAACCUUACUUCAACAACAUAUAAAUUCUGCCCUAGCUGGUCAACAAAGUGAAUUUGACGGUGGUGGAGGAGGUCGAAGUGGUGCUGCACCAUUUUCUUUAGAUGGUGCCAUGGAUUCUUCAGAUGACGAAGGUUCUAAUGUUGGUGAUGGCUCUGAGGAUGGUGGAGCUGAUGAUGAUGAUGAUGAAGAAUCGGCAGAGGAACGUGCAGAAGAGGAAGAAGACGAAAGAGAUGAAAGUGGUGGAGCUGAGGAAGAACCUCUUAACUCAGGUGAUGAUGUGUCUGAUGAAGAACCCGGUGACAUGUUUGACACUGAUAAUGUGGUUGUUUGCCAAUAUGACAAAAUAACUCGCAGUCGUAACAAAUGGAAGUUCUACCUUAAAGAUGGUAUUAUGAAUCUAGCUGGCAAAGAUUAUGUUUUCCAAAAAGCCAAUGGUGAUGCUGAAUGGUGA